AUGACUUGCUACUACCCGGACGGCAGCACCAAGUCUGACGACACGCCGUGCGACUCGUCCGCCGAGAACUCGGCAUGCUGUGGUUCGGGAUCGACGUGCAUGGCCAACGGCCUCUGCCUGAAAGCAGGCCUCUUCUCUCGCGGUUCCUGCACCGACUCGUCGUGGAAAAGUGAUGCCUGCGCACAGCAAUGUCAAGACUGUACGGCUUCCCGACUUCCCCACAGCACCUACCCUCGCACACUUCUUACUGAUCACGCCCAAUCUUCAGACAGCCCAAGCGCCGGCGCCCCCAUCACCCUCUGCGAACGCAACGCGUCCAGCGGCUCGACAUGGACAUGCGGCAGCGAAGACUGCACCAACUCGGCCGUCACGUUCAAAAUCUCAGCCAACUUCACGCCCUUGGUCCAACUAUCGAGUGAUUCCAGCAGCAGCAGCAGUAGCAGCAGCAGCAGCAGUGCCGCCGGGUCAGACUGCACAGACGGCUUCUCGAGCGGGCAGAUGGCCGGCGUCGGUGUGGGAAUAGGCGUGCCGCUGCUGAUCGCAUUCGUCACCGUCUUCUGGCUGCUGUUGGCGGAGAAGCGGAAGAGGCGGACGACCAUGGUGCCGGACGGACAGGGCGGAUGGCACCAGGGGCCGAACGGUGCGGGCCAGCAGCAGGGCAUGUUCGAGUCGAUGAGACACGUCGAGCUGGACGCUACAGGAGGGAUGCAAGAGAUGCCGGGUCACUACCACAAGCAUGUGGCUGGCCAGUCUUAA